AUGACUCAGCAUGACGCGUUGCGCCAGGAGCGAGGGGUGGCCAAGGGUGAGCGAGGCGCGGUAGAGUGGUGCGAGGUGCGGGAGGAGAAGUUGGAGGACAUGGUUGGGUACGUUGUCCGUGUUGGCCACGCCAGCGACAUUGUCAGCGGUUCAUCCGGCCCCAAUGAGGCGCUCGAGUACGGGUCCGACCACCGCCCGAUACGCACCGUCCUUGCUGUCGAGCGAGCGGAACGCCCGCCAGCGUAUCCUCGCCGCCUCUUCCGCAAGGCCGACCCAGCAGCCAUCCUCCACUCCUAUGCUAAACUUGUUGCGUCGGCCGCGUUGCCUGCGACCCUUCUCACACCUGCCAACAUCGACGCCGAAGCGGAGGCACUCGACUCGCUGCUCUGCGAGACCGUGUUGACCGCCGUCCCGCUUGCCAAGCCGUCGCGCUCGCGGUUCGCGCACCGAUGGUGGAGCUCGGAGGUCGCCGAUGUUGUCGGCAAAGCAAGGCGAGCGCGAACUUGA